AUGACCUCCGAUGGCCGGGACUUUGCUGAUCAAAGAACAGUCUCAAACAACUUCUGGGGGCGAGACGAUGCGGGUGUCGACCCUCUGCUGAGCCGAAUGCAAAAUGCGAAAACGACCUGCGACGAACUCAAAGCUUUCUACAACGCCCGCGCCGCCCUGGAGGAGGACUAUGCGAAAAAGCUCCUGAAUCUGUCGCGGAAGCCAUUAGGUAGCGUUGAACAAGGCACACUGAGGGCCAGCCUGGAUGUGGCCCGAGGAGAAACCGAGUCCAUGGGAAAGCAACAUGCUCUGAUAGCCCAACAGAUGAGAUCCGAGCUGGAGGAGCCUCUGGCUGCGUUUGCGGGAGGCAUGAAGGAACGUCGCAAGAUCAUCCAGAAUGGCAUCGAGAGGCUUCUCAAGAUAAAGCAAACCCAGACUGCCCACGUCAACAAGGCUCGAGACAAGUACGAACAGGAUUGCCUGAGAAUCAAAGGAUAUCUGGCCCAAGGCCAUAUGGUCAUGGGGCAAGAGGAGCGCAAAAACAAGGCCAAACUGGAAAAGACACAAAUCAACAUGGCUAGCAACUCGAACGAAUAUGAAGCGGCGGUCAAGGUGCUGGAAGAGACCAUCGGUCGCUGGAACAAGGAAUGGAAGGCGGCCUGCGACAAGUUUCAGGAUCUCGAGGAAGAACGCAUUGAUUUUACCAAAUCUUCACUUUGGGCCUUCGCAAAUAUCGCGUCAACAGUGUGCGUCUCGGAUGAUGCCUCAUGCGAGAAGGUCCGACUGGCGCUGGAAAGUUGUGAGGUGGAAAAAGACAUCACCCUCUUCAUCAAGGUCUGCGGCACAGGUCAGGAAAUUCCGGACCCUCCACGGUAUAUCAAUUUCUGUCGAGGUGAUGUCGACAGUCAAUCAGAGGUCUCUGAAGAUGACAACUACUCGGUUGCUCAGUUCUCACGCACCAGUAACCCCGCCUUUCGCUCUUCUUCGCCGACCCAUUCCAAUGCUGGAACCAGAAGCACUCGUGACGGCACUCCUCAGCGUCGCUCUGAAGAGCCAAUGGGCCCGGAUGAGGAUGAUGCUCGGACGCCAUCCAACACGAACAGCGGGCGUCCAAGGCCUCUCAACUACAAACAACCGGGCCCGCACGUCCCUCCGAACUACUCGCCCAGUCAACACGGCGACGUGCCCCAAGUGCCACACAACCAGUAUCCCACGGACGGAAUGACCAUGUUUUGUCGGGCGGAUGCGGCAUCCGUGGCUGGCUCUGCCUUAUCCUCAAACACGAGGCCCGAGAGCAGAGACAGUCAAAGCGAGUAUUCGGUGCCGAGUUCAUUCACCAGCGCUGAGCCCAUGUCAGGCGCCACGUCGCCAAUCAAAUCAGCACCUACCAACGGCGUCGAGUUACCUGGCAUGACAGCGGUCGACAAGUCGGUCCAGAAGAAGAGAUCUGGGUUUUUUUCCAACAGCCCAUUCCGCAGAAAGUCGAGAAAGGACCACGACUCCCAAUCUACCAGCAGCCCUCCUACUCGGAGUACGUGGAACCCCGUUGCGUCUUCUAGGGGCAGGAUUAGUCUCAAUCCCACAGUGUCCAGCACACAAUCCAGUCCGACGAAAUCGCCAACUCGUCAAACUCCGAGCUUCUUCAACCGCAACACGGUUGACAUGGCCCCCGAAUGCGAAGAUGCUGCUGACCCACGAGCGAGCUUCCAAUUGAAUGUGGGCAACAAUGUUUUCGAUGUGGCAAGCCCCGAUGGGCAACAUUCUACGCCCAGGGCAAGCGCUGUGAAUCGCCGCAGUCAAUUCCUCCCACCGCCAUCUGCUGCAGGCGAUGCUAUGAUGCACGACCCGAUUGCACAGGCGCUGGCAGAUCUCAAGCAAAGCUCCAACGGCGUGACAGGGAUGGCCAAACAAUCUAGCAUGCGAGUCGCCGUUGAUCGUUUCCACGGAGUGGCCACUCCAGCACCUGAACAGGAGCCCAUUACUCGACCGGAUUUUGUCAGUGCUGAUGGACAGGCACGAAUGGCAGCACAACGAGGUACCCCACCGCCAGCAUAUGAAAGUGGUGGUGGCAGAGCGCAGAGUGCCCUAGGCGUUCCACAACCUGCUCAUACCAAGAAAGAGAUGCUGAACCGGACUGAAACGUGGGGCACUGGUCCAGUGCCUUCAAACCAUCGAGGUAGCCAACAAUCCCGACCUGGGACGAGAGAUGGAAGAAGAAGUCCGGGACCAGGAAUGAUUAGAGCCGCCAGUCCUCAGCCCCCAAGUCAGUACCAGCAACGGGCCAGGAGCCCGGCCCCCGGUAUGGUCCCAAGAGCGGCCAGUCCGCAACCACAGAGUCGAUACCAACGCUCGCGAAGUCCAGCGCCGGGGAUGUUGCCCCGAGCUGCAAGCCCACAACCCAUCAACCCAUUCACGAACAGUCCGGUGCGAGCUCGCAGCCCGGGCCCAGCUAUGAUGCAGCAAGGCUCAAGUCCUCAAGGUCACACUGGGUCUCAGUUACGGUCAGCCUCACCCAACCCAUAUGCGGGACGGCAGCGUUACCCAAACCAGGGAGCUAGGCAGGACAGCGGGAUGGAGAUGCAGCUCAGCUCGCAGGAUGUGGCAAGAUAUGAUGAUCCCAGAAACGGCAGCGGUCGAGGCCGUCAGGACAUGGCGAGACCAAAUUCUAGUUUUGGCGGUGAUGCCUACCAGCAGCCGCAGGGUUUCGGUGGACGUGGUUCGAGGCACCGGGGCGGGCCCGACGUCGAGUUAAGGAGGGAGCGGAGCAAGAGCUUGGCCGCCAUGCCCUACCGGCCCUCACAGCCACAGGUGUUGCACUACGCUCGUGCCCUGUACAGCUACACGGCCGCAAUCCCCGAGGAACUGAGUUUCAGCAAGGGCGACAUCCUGGCCGUGCUCAGGAUGCAAGACGACGGAUGGUGGGAGGCAGAGGUCAAAGAGAGCGGCAGGGGCACGAGAGUCGGAGGCAUCGGCUUGGUCCCGAGCAAUUAUCUCCAGAAGUGCUAG